AUGGCUGAGUCUUUCUUUAAGAGCGAGAUAAGGAGAAGGUUAUUUGUGACGGCCAUGCUAAUUCUGAUCAGUCGUAUUGGCUAUUUCAUUCCCCUGCCCGGCUUUGAUAGGCGUCUAAUUCCGGAAGAUUACUUAACUUUUACUUCAGGGUCCAUGGGUAAGUGGCUACUUUCUUGACCCCAUUACAUAACUGCUAUUUUUCUAUUUUUGAUUGUCACAGUGAUCCAUGAAACGCAACUGACAAGAUCGUUAAGGCAGGCGUUUGAUCUACUUGGGCCAUUUGUGUCCUGGUGUCAAUUAACUUGUCAAUUUAUCCCUCUCUCUUGUUUGAAUAAGAUUUUUGCAUAUCAGCUCGUGGAUUUUUGGUUCUGCAUAAAUUACAGCUGUUCUUGUCCAUGCUGUGGAAAAGAUAAUACCCUGCACAUGCAUAACAUAUCCAAGCUAGUUUUUGAAGAUUUUCCAGUGCUCAGUUAAACAACAAUUAUCUGUCUCACUUAUAUUGUUUCCGCUUUUCUUGUACAUGGUAUGAGAAGAACUAUUUUUCUGUGCAUGUCAGGCGCCUCAACAAUAUUUUUAACAGAGAGGAAACGGACUAGAAUCUGUGAUUUAUUUUUUGAGUAAUUAUGUAUAGGAUUAUGACUUCUGAUAUUUGGUGGUGGGAUAAGCCGCAAACUAGAAAAGAGAACAACUCAUAAGAAGGGCAAAAGAACAGUGUGCCAUGGUUGCUGGUUCUAUUUAAAAGUUCAACGAAAAAGAAUAAGGAGUAGUCUCUGAGGCUUAGGAGGGACGAAUGCAGGCUUUCUUCAAAUGUUGGACUGUUCAGGCAGGUCCUGAUUACUUCACUGUCUAUUUAUGUUUUGCAGAUGAGCUUGGUGACUUCACAGCUGAGCUGAAGUUGUCACUCUUCCAACUUGGAAUCAGUCCCCAGAUUGCAGCAUCCAUUGUCAUGCAGGUGUGGCUUUUCUCUGUCAUACUAUACGCAUUUUUAUCAGUAAUUAUAUCCUUGUUUUAACUAUUCCUAUGCAGUUUUUUCAAAUACUUCUUUUUUUCACUGGUUUGAUAGCUAGCUGAAAAGGUUAUGCUGUCAAAUUCUGCGGUUCAGCAGUUCUUACAUCAUUGAAAAGAAUGGCAUCCAUCUAGAGUGGCUGUGUAGAUAGACAAUAACGUGGGUUUUAAACGAAAUUAAAACCCAUAUUAUUUUUAGGGUAGGUGACAUGACUAUGAGUUGGCUCAUCGAGAAACACUGUCCCUGCUGCCACUAUGUGCAAGAAUACUGUGUAUUUUAUGUUAUAAGAUUUGAAGCUUGAAUCUGUAGGUGUAUUUUGUUCUCUGUGGGUGUGAUAAUCGCGAUUUUUCUGACCUUAAGGAACCUGUUCAAGACAGCAUAACUCACUUCCUUUAUACGAUAUGGUUACAGCUUCGGAUGAUGUGAUACUUCCUCAUACGUAUUGUGGCCUUGUAGUUGCAUAAUUAGUAGAGGCAUCAUAAAUUCUGUGAUUUGAAGAAUUUUGUGAAACUGUCUUUUUCGUUUCAUUUUAGCACGAUGUUGACAUUGUGAAAAAUGCUCUUUCUCAAGAGAAAAAUAAAUCUUCUCAGCUGGAAAAAAUUUAGUUAAGAAAGAUGUGAUGUACAAUAUGAUCGCCUAUCAAAUGAUUGGAUAAACGGGCCACAUUUGUCUUUUUUUGAGUCAGUUAUCAUGCUCUAGCAAUGUAUUUAAGAAAAGUGACAAAAGUCAGUCUUCAAAUAUGCAGAAUUCUCAGUACCUUCUUCUUGUUGAAGCCUCAAGAGCUGAUCAAAACUGUCAGAAUCCGGCAUUGUAACCAAUGGAAUCAUAAUUUUUGCUUGACUCUUCGGAAAGCAUAGUUUCAUGUUGUAUAAGUUUCAGCAUCUCAUUCAACAUGUAAAAUGAUAACGUGUCAACAAUCUAAAAACAUAAGCUAUCAGUUCGGCUGAAAUAUUGAAUAUUUGGUGCCUUUUUAGGUUUUGGUUGAUCUUAAGUUUAACAUAAUUGUGUGUUAUAUGAGAAAUUUUGAACUGCAUUACAAAGGAUUGCUACUGCUGUCGGCAUGAGAAAAUUCAUCUCACCAGAUGAAUCAAAUAUUGGAUUGAGAUAUGUUAGUCUGUGGAUCGAAAUGGCUCUAAGGUGAAGACCGUCUUUUAGAGAUUUUUUUCAGAAAUUCCCAUUUAUAGUCGGGGAGAAAGUUACUGUCUGUUGUAAGAUUUUGCUCCAGGUUCUCCAGAGCAAUGUAGAAGUUGCUUAUUUAUGGAGAGGACAACAGGUUCUUGGGCUUCCUUGUGUAAAGGCCCAAUAAUGGUACUUGUCCUUGGAUAAUUUCCAAUAUAUCCUUGUAGAUAUGGUUUGAGGUAUUCUUUUUCUCUUCUCCAUGGUGAAAGAUUGCCUGUGAACGUCCUUCCAUUAGUUUGAAAGAUGGUCUCCGUGGUCACCCAGGCACCUUUUGAGCUUUGAGCUGAUCUUUCCUAGUCUUAGGUCAAAAUGUUUCCUAUAAAGGAACCAAUUAUUAAGGAUGGUAGUAGCUUGCUUUGCAUUAGCUUUAGGACUCUGCAUUUCCCGCUCUUGUGCAGUUAGCCUCAGCUUGAAGAUCCACGUCUCCUGCAUCUCCUAUGAAAUAAUCUUGUAUGCAAACCAGCCUAAAUUGCUUAUUUGGGAAAUGGCGAUUUCAAUGUAUGUCGUAGUCAGAUUUUGUUGAAUUUUUUCUUGAGAUUCCACCCCCUGAUAACUCGUCCAUUGUAGAUCGUGAGUUUUAAUAAUGAUUAGAAUUCAAGAAUCUAGUGUGUUCAUUUCAUUAGAAUACUUGGUUGAAUGCGAUAAAUUUUGUGAUUAAUGUUCCAUUUAAUUGAGAAUAUGUUUGUAUUGCAGGUACUUUGUCACGUACUUCCAUCGCUAGUUAAGUUGCGGAAAGAAGGAUUAGAUGCCCAAGAGAAAAUUAAAGGAUAUAUGUGGGUUUACUUACUCAUCACUGUUACUGAGCCUACUUCUCUUUUUGAAUAUGGUAUUCCUUCACUCUGCACUAAUCUUGUGGGUCCACUUUAGAUGGUGGCUGUCAUUGGGUUUUGCAAUGGUUGAAGCUGUUAUUGUUGCAUUCUAUUCUCUUCCAUAUUCAAUAUAUGCUGCUAAUUACAGGUAUGCACUCCAACCAUGUUGUGUUUUCAAAGUUGUCUGCCUUUUCUGCAGUUUAUGAUUAUAGUUGCUGACAAAUGCCAACAUUAUCAUUUUGGAUUAAAUUCCAUACUUGUAGAACUAUCUACGAUCCUGUUCACUGUGAUGUUUCAAUUUUGUUUGUGAAUAUAAUAGCUAGAGGUAUGUGCAGCAUAAGUCCUGAGUCAUAAAGGCUGACAUUUUAAAACUUUUAUUGGCCAAGUAUUGCUGGGCACACUCAUAUAUAUGUGAAUUAUGUUUUCGUACUUUUUUCUGUAACAUAUCGAAGCCUUGAUAAUAACUUCUGGAAUUAGGUGGGAAACAUAGUUUGGGGUUCUAUUUUAGACAAACUGUCCGGUGUUGUUCAUGCUGUAACUGUUUCAUAUGAGCUGAGCAGGUUGGAUUUGCUGUGCUCUAUGGAAAUUGUACAGUGUCUGCAAGAUAAGGUAGCAUUUUGUAUUAGGCGAACUAAAUUUUAUAAAGCUAUUUCAAUGGAUAACAGCUAUAAGUGUUCCAUGGAGGUUAAAAUGGACAACAGUUAUAACUGUGAUUUCUGCCAAGUUUUCUUGAGCAAUCCCUUAUUCUAGGAUUAGUGUUAUCUGAGAUCUUACGUCUUAUUUUGGUUCAUGGAUACAUAAAUGAGAUGCAAUAGUUGUGAAUCAAAAACCCUUGAAGAUCUUCUAACUUUAAAGGUAAUUGGCUAGAUUUAGAUUCGAAUCAUGUGAUCUCUUUGAUAGGAUACUAAGCUGUAAUCAAGGGAGAGUAAGUGAGAGUAUUUUCUUUCACUGGAUGAUUGCUUUAUUUGACUUUCAUGCACAAGUAAAAACUCAGGUGCUGUUUUUUUUGGAAUACGUAUCAAUGUGCUUUGGUGAAUUUUUCCAUUGGGAAGAAAUUUCACUCACGUUAGCUCAUCACUAUAUGUUUCAUCUUCAACUUGAUUGCAAGUUCAGUUCAUUCUAAUUUUCAGAUGGAAAGCAUAAAAUUUGAAAUUUCUUGAGUUAUGAUGAAUAUUGCAAGAACAAGCUCUAUGAAAAUCAAGAUUAUGAAGGUAUCUAAUGCGAAACUUUGAAACAAGAUGAGAUACUGCAUGACAGCUUUCUAAAAUAUUUGAUAAUUAUUUUAAAUAUUAAAAUAAAGGAAAAAUAUUUUACAAAUGCAAUAGACAGGUUUUACAUGAAAUAUUAAAAAUAAAUAUUAUGCAUUUAAAAUAAAAAAUAUUAUUUCUCCUGAGCUAAACACAUGGCUGUUCAUAAAUAAACCGAAUGAGUAAGCAUUUCAUUCACAGUUUGUGUAUGGCUGUGCGCAAACUUGGGAUUGUUUGUGGAUGGCUGACCAAGCACAGGCAGCUAUUCUCACUUAAGAAGUAUCUAGGUGGCAUUUUUGAAAGCUGCGACGGAAAAUGCAGCUUGUAUAUGCUCCUAAAACAUAUUUCUCGGAAAAUUUGUCCUACUUUUUUCGUGACCUAUCUGUAAAUUUUAGAGUAUCCAUUAAAAUUCAGCAAGAGUAUUGGUCUUUCAUAUCUUAUGUCUCUUUUUUUGCCUAGAGAAGAGUUUAUAAUUAUUAAACCACCUUACUUUCAUUAAUGAUAGAUAAAAAUCAUCCAUUAUAUAGAUCUUGGAUUUUUAUUCUUCUAAGAUGUUUAUUUUGUUUUUUCAGAUUCAGACAUGUGAUGGUAACUAGUUUUCUAUUGGUUCUUGGUGCAAUGACUAUGACCUGGAUAUGUGACACUAUAUCCGAAUCUGGAUUUGGUACAUUUCAAACACUCCUUCCUUAUUUGUGUCAGUGGCUUGCCUGUUGUUUCUAUUUCAAACACUCCCUAAUGUCUUUUAAUAUUUGAUCCGCUGCACUCCACGUAAAUUUAUGUCUAUAAUAAAUCAGGUAAUUGUUCUUAGCCCUCGGACACAUCACAAAUGAUUUUCCUGCAAUGUCAGAAAAUUUAAGUCAGUGCAAUCUAGUUUGACCAGAUUUUUGCUCCUUGGCUGAGGAAGAAAGAGCAUGCUAUAUUUUAUUAAUUUACAUGGGUGGAAGAAAGAAUAAGCACUUAUUAUACCUGUAAAGCAGAGAAAUAUUGACUUGUGACAGUGGAGACUUAACAUCUCCGAUGAUGAAGAUCUUUGCACUUUGGUGCCCAACCUUACCAUGGAUAAGAACAUGAGUCAAUUCUAUUGUGUACAAUAUCCUUCCUUUACUGGGUGCAAUGCUUCUGUCUUUUCCUUCCAUUGAUUAAAUAUUUUCAAAAUCGUGAAACGUGCCUUCGCACUCGAUUUUGAUUGGAUUUUCAUCCUCAGUUAUUCAUGGAUUUUUUCGUAGGGAAAGUUGGGAUACAAUAAACUGGUAAAGACCCGAACCUUAGGGUAUGUGCUAUAGGUGCCACAAGGAGAUACGUCUUUUGCCUCUGCCUCCCCUUAGAGAGAGACGUAAAGAAUUAUUUUCAGUGAACUGCAAUUUGCAUUCUGUUUCUGGUUGCCACUUUAGGCCUCUUCCUCUGAAGCAAUAUUUCCCAUUGUCACUGCAUUACCACUCUCUUCACAAAAGUAUUUCUUCUUCCUUGCAUGUAGUCCUCUCCUUCUCCACUGUAAAUCAAGUGAAAUGAUCUGAAAUAAAACAAGAAUAUCUAAGUCCUUUUGUAAUUAUUGGCAUCCCUUUUUUCUUUAGAAUAUUUUAAAUUUCCAUUCUUAUACCAUGUUGCAAAUGUAUCAGGUUGAUUCAUGUGAGUUGGAUUUUUCAACCUAGUAUCCUUAGAUCUGACGCAAUGGGUUUUUGGAGUUGGACACACGACUAAUCUAGUGAAUCCAAACCCUCUUGGAGCAGAAAAAGAUUGGGGGUAAUCCUUAUCUCAGCCAUGGUUUAGAUCAUCCAGGUAAAAAGGAACAUGAUUGAAAAAAGAUUCAGAAAGUGUUCUAUCUCAAAAGUAUAGAGUCACCCAACUCAUAGAUGAUUGGGAAUUCUGCAAUGGCCAUGAGUGUCAAACAUCUGUGCUUCCUGGGAAGUGGUUGCUACUUUUCUCUUGUGUAAUGAGGAUGUACCUUGAUCGUCUGCUUUACCAUGUUUUUAUUUUUUUUAAUAAAUGGAUAAUGUUCCUAUACACCUUUCAAAGCAGUUAUUUACUUCGAUCGAUAGAAAUUGAAGUCUAGUCCUGCCUCAGUGCUCACUUGCAUUGAAUUAGUCAAUAACAUCUCUAUGGCAUGAUGAACAUUCCCGUUCCCUUUUCGAACUAAGAUUACCUAACUAGAACUCAUACCUCUGAAACAUAUGAGAAAGAACUGUUAGAUUUCCCCUGGUUUUUGGCAUGCUCAAUUAAUAUUGACUCAUACCUCUCGGAUUUUAAGCUUAUAUUCAAUGAUGAUGUAGAAAGAAGUCCUCUUGUAUUGUCAACUUUGUCAAGGAUUCCGUUUCAUAAGUCGGUAAUUCCAACCAGUACAAACCUAGAGGGUACCACUUAUAUCAUUGGUAAAACUAAUUAUCUUUAAAUAAUGAAUCCCCACUCAAGGAUUUCGUUUCAAAUGCUGUUAUUUAUGACCCUUUGACUAAUCCUUUUCCUAGUUCUAGGGAUAAAAAAACAUUGAAAUUAUGUAGCUACAAAUAAAGCUGCUCUACAGAGCUUUCAUACUUGAUUGGCCCAAUACUGAUUGCUAUGAGCAAUUCUUGUCUUGUGAUGACCGCUUGAUAUAUUUAUGGAAAGUAACAAGGUUUCUGUUUCAAGUCUAAUUUUUUUUUUUAAAGUUAUCUUUGAUGGCUUGGAAUGCUUAUGUUUUGAAUUCAUGGUGUAUUUCCCAAAAAAAACUGUUGAUAUUCCCAAGUUUUCAUUUCGGUGUUUUUCCUCAGGACAUGGAUGAUCAUUGAUUAUUUGUGCUUGAAUAUUGACUGGCUAAUCUUUCUGCUUGGCCUCAGGACAUGGAUCAUCAUUGAUUAUUUGUGCUGGAAUAUUGACUGGCUACACCGACACUCUAUAUAAAAUGUUUUCUCAACUUGCAGGUGUGUGAAGUUAAGAGGCUUUUGGACCUUUUCAUUCUCCAUUUACGGUUUUUCUUUAUUGUCUUAACAAACAUUUAAAGCACCAUGCAAGUGCAAAAUUGGCAAGUUAAAAUAUAUUGAAAUUUGUGCACUUUUGCUUUCUGAACUGUGCAACAGAGCAUUCAUCACCUCGCUCAUCUUCUCCUUUCUAUAGAAUAACUCAUCACAUGCACACACACACACACACACACACACACACACACACUGCAUGGGAAAGCAAGCAUGCAGUAAUAGAAACAUAAACUCAUGGCAGAGUUGAGUUUUGAACACAACCGAAACAUAGCACCCAGAAACAUGAAGGGGUACGUACCGGUACAGUUGCACGCGAAGCUGUGACUAAAAGGUUCUUUAAAAAAUAUUCAAUGCGUGAUCUUCUGUUCCUGGUUCAUAUUUUUUCGGAAUUCAAAGAGGAGGGAGCAAGAGGGGGAAUAUUCACAGAUUCUGAGGAAUGAACAUUGGUAGAGUCCACUGGAUAUGGGCAGAUGGAUGAAGAUAUCAUGCACUGAUCUGUUUGGGAGAUGCUUGGCACAGUACAUGGAAUGCCAAUACGUCUCACAGAGUCUAGACGAGCUCCUAACCUUACUAGGCUGUUUGUGUCAAGCUGGACUCCUUGGAUGCCUUGGCCACCUUGUCAUCUAGGCAUCACUUGAUCUUCUCUUUGCUUUAUAAUCUUCUCUUAGCAGUUCAGCGGCUACAUGGAGUUUAACUAUGCUCUAAAAUAUAGUUAAUAUUGAUGGACGUUGAGUGCGUUUUCAGUUUUUCAAUUUGAAGUGCAGAGACUUUCUCAGUUAAUCAUAUUUCAUUAGUGACAUUCAGUAAUCCUCCAUUAGCUUGACUUUCUUCCAGGUAGUGGUAUCAGUUCGUGGCCCUAUAUCCUUGGGAUAGUAGGGGUCUUCACUAUGGUGACAAUGUGGGCAGUCCUAGUUACAGAAGGCUGCCGGAAGGUCAAGCUGCAAUAUUAUGCUUUCAAACUAGCAUCAAGUGCAAGGUGAUACCACUUGUGCAUUCUUAGUAUUGAUUCAUGCAUCUAUAGUUUAUAUUCCAUUUCCUGUUCGUAUUAAGCAAGCGUGGAGAAUCUGUGGUACUUUUGAAUGAGAUAAUUGAAGGAGAUGUGUAUGAAUAACUGAUCUUCAUUUUGUUAUGGCAACAUAUUAUUAACUUGUCUUUCAACUAUGAUGAUUCUUCCCUUUAUUAGCCCCUGCUCCCCUCCACCUCACCCCCCCAAAAAUAAAUAUAUUUUUUAUAAAAAAAAUCCUUGGAUUGUUGCUAUCUUGGUAUGAAUCUAGGAUGCGGGAACAGACACAAAGAUCAUGUAGAAGAGACUGAAACCCGAGGCUCUCAGUAGAAGUUUCAGUCAUUGUACAAAACUUCCAUUAGACAGUCCUCGCACCUUCUCGUGGAAACCACAAUUUCUAAAAAAGAUUUAGAAGCCCAUCUCACCAUGGAAUGAGAUGGGCUUACAGGAGCGAAUAUGAAAGAGGUAGGAUUUCCAACCCAUCAGCAUCAGAAAAUACUUGCAACUCAGGUAAAGAGGUGAUAAACAUAUGUAUUGAGCAUGAUAGAGUGCUACAAAGGUAUGAAAAAAUGAGAAUCAUAGUCAGUUAAUAGGAGACCCGCGCAUAGGCAUUUUAAAUCCAUCCAAAGUGCAUACAUAAGUUUUUUCAAAGAAGCAAAUGCUUCCUUAUGAUCUAUCUGUCAUCUUGAAUGAGACUAUCAGCCAUUCGAAGGUUUAAUGUUCAAUUUCUGUAAAUUUGGUUUCGGUCUUGUAUUUUCACUCGUAACUGCGACAAAUUUUGCCAUGAGGAAGUAGAACAAUGUCCCAACCGUUAGUUUACUGAAUUUGAAACUCUUACAGAAGGUUUUGCCAUCUAUUGUGCUUUAUCAGAUAACAAUAGGUUUAAGACUCUUGAUCAGUAUGGAUGACUAGGGAAACGUUUUGAAGCUUUGGAGAAUAGGAGUGUGAAAGGGUACGAGGCAACUGAACACAGCAGUGCAAAUUGAGGUAAACUCAACAAGAAAAAUAGGCGGAACAAGUGGAGAAGUGGUAAUCUCAAUAGAUGAUUAUGAGAUAGACGAUGAAUAAAGUGGGAAAUGCAAAGAUGGGAAACAGAAGAGCAUUCAUAAUAGGAGGGAGAUAACAAUAGUAGGAUCAUUCGUGGUAUAAGGAAAAUAUUUUUUUUUUUGAUUCAGAUAAGAUAUAAAUAACGUGAAAAAUAAAUAAUAUUCGAGAAUACAGGAUAGCCAAUAGAAGUCUCUAUACUUACAGGAACACCUAAUAAGAGCAUGACAGACAUAGGAAACAGCUUUCUGUACUCAAAAGAAAGCAUAAUAUGAUAUGUAGAACCAAAUGAUUGAGUCAUGCUGUGAUCUGGGGAAAAAAGAUGAGGAAAGAAAUCUUGAAAAGAAUACAGGAGCGAAUAGAAAAUCUUGAAUUUUUGUCUGAGGAUAAUCAGUAAUGAGUUGAGAUGAGUUGAGAGUCGUAGCAAUGACAACUGUUAGAUGGAGAUGGUUUUGGAUCAUCAAGAGUAGUAGACUGUCUAGUAUAUAUUCCGAGCAGUCUUCAAUUAGGGUCCCCUUUCGUUGGCAGUGUCAAUUGCAAAAUCUGGUGGAGCCUAGAAAAACAGAAUUGGGUUCAGAAUAUUAUACUGACCGGUCUCAAUGGGUUCCCAAAAGCUGAUGAAUGAAUGCAGGCAAGGAUGCACAACUGGGCCAAUCGCGAUCAGGUUAUAGAGUCCCUUAGUUGAAGGAGCUAUAGAGUCAAUGCAUUCGACAUCGUGCGACAAAAAUACCAUACGAUGUUGUGGAAUUCGUCCAUUAUCUUAAGUUAAGGCUAGUCUUAACUGCCUCUUUAUACUUUUCUUACUCGUGGGUGCCCCUAGUUUUUGGCAUACCAUCUAUUUGGUAUGGGUCUGUUCAUCAGUAGUGGUAAAUGUGUAUACGAAUGCAUGUUACGUGUAUUGUUAUGCUAUCUUUCAUACAGUUUGCUUGGUCUAAAGCUUUAACGAUGUGGUAUCAGUUGGUCUUUAGGAAUAUCAGAAUAGCUUAUUCAUUUUAGUUUCAAAGUGAUUUUAGUUUGGACUCAUUUUAUUCUUUGUGAAUGCAUUAUGGUGGUACUAAGACUGUCGUAUUAUUUUGUUAAUAUGUAGGAGUCGGUCUCCUGUUACUGAAGUGGAGCCCUAUAUACCCUUCAACAUCAAUCCCACUGGCAUGCAACCUGUCCUUACUACUACGUAUUUGUUGGCAUUUCCUAGCAUUCUAGCGAGGUAAUUAUGGCCGCACCAUUCUCCCAUUACAAGCUGCUUGCAUUUAUGCUUGGUUUUUGUUUAGGGCUGUGCUCUUCUUCCACUGGAAGUUUGUUGUAUAUGCUUUGAUCUUUUAAUGAGGAUACUUUCUUUGGCAGUAUCCUUGGUUCAAGAUUCUGGGAAAAGAUCAAGGACAUACUGAACCCAGAGACUUCCCUUGGUGCAGAGCCAUGGGUCUUUUAUGCAAUUUAUGCGUUUUUUGUCUUUCUCUUCAACAUUUUUGACAUUGUAAGUAUCUAUCUUCUCUGUGUAGUUUGAUAACCGUGGCAGCAGCUAUUCCUUUAAGAACUUACAUGAAACCUACUGUUGCAUACUUUUUUUUUUCAUCUAAUCUAAUGCUGAUUCCAUUUAUGCUACUUUAAAGAAAUUUGCAGGUGACUAGGAAUUUACAAUGAGUUCUGUGCUUGGUAGAAAAUCCAGAGAUUAAUGGUUACAUAGAAAAUCUCACUGUGCAAAAUAUUAGGAAAGACGUUUGAUAGGGCCAUUGUCUUUAAAAUUGUGUUUUAACAAAUUAAUAUAUACUUGAUGUUGUCCAUAGGUAAUCCACUCUUAAACGUUACUUGAAUUCUAGUAGUCUAAUUAUCUACACAUUCAGUAGCUUAAUGAUGAUUUAUUUGUUAGACAAGUGCUUACUGCACUCAACAUUUAAGGUUUAGGAUUCUUACAAGGGACUUGUUAAUGCCAUAGUUGGACAUUAAAAAAGGAGAGGGGGCGGGGUAGUUAUUACCAUAUUCUUCGGGGUGUAAGCUUUGAGGUUAUGUGCAUACAACAUCAGAUGUUGUUGCUGCAGAAACACAUGUUUUUGGCACAAAAGUUGUUGUUCGAGAGGGUAGGCAUUUCUAUAUACAUGAGUGCGAGAGGGAGGGCCUUGGGUUUUCGUAAUAAGGAAGGACUUUAGUGUUUGAUCUUUAGGAAGUUUGGAUCUUAGCAUGGCCUGCAUCUGCAUUGGUGUAGACCGUGUGAAUGCAUAGACCGUUUUAUUUCUUUUAAGUUCACUGGUCAUGUACUAUAUUCCUCUUUUUUUUUCGUUUAUGUGGUAGCAUCCAGUUUGAACAAAAGAAAAAUCAAAUAAGCUUCAUAUUAAACUAAUUUCCAUGAAUUUUCUACUUCCCUUUGCCUAAAACAUUGUAUUUUCUCGUACUAAAGUUCCUCUACGCAUGUCAGACAUACUUAAUCUUAAGCAGAACUUAUAAAGAAAAGUUGGAGAUUUUGAGUGGGAUAAAGAGGACCGGCUGGAAAUGUAUAGGUGAACUGCUUACAAUUCACUCAUAAAAUCAGUAAUCGAAUUUCAAAUCUACAAAUAAGUUGGAGAUUAACUAUUGACAAUGAAAAGAAGAGGUUUCUUCACGUGAUUCAGAAGAAUUUUGAUAGAAGCAGGAAUUUUUCUACUUGAAAUUGCACUCAGUUUUCUUAUGAAGAGAUCAACACAUGAUAUAGAGGCAGAUGAUUGUCUAAUCUGGCUAUCGUCUCAGUUUAGAUCUAGGAUAAGGUACCAUAGGCCUCUUCUCAAUUGUGAUAAGGUUGUUCCUAGAAUGUGGCAACCUUGACGUGGAGGCUUUCGCAUGGGAGAUUACUCCCUUUUGAUUUGGCUUGCGCUCUACAAAUGGAAGAUGAGUCUUUAGUUCUAUCUCUGGGAAACUCAUUUUCAUCAGAGUUUCGGCUUACUCCUCUGUACAAACUAGGCAUUCAAUGGGAGCUGCAGAGCGGUUGUGGAGUAGCUGGCAUCACCAAUGACUACUUCUAAUGGCUUGCUAUCCUUUUUACCGCUUAGAAUGAAAGGAACAGCAGGAUUUUUGGUUGUGAAAGCUUUUUUGUGAAGACACUUUUUCUUUUGAUCGAAAGUAAGAGUGUGCCUUUGGGCUCUUUGUUUGGUGUGUACUAUGUUGGUACACACUAUGCAUUUCCUUUUCUGUAAAUUCACUGAUGAGUUGCUAUAUAUAAGCUCUCUUUUUGUAUUUAAUGCAUAAUGUUGCAUCACCCACUUCGAAAAGCAAAGAGUAUGAUAACAGCUAGUACCUAAUUUUGUGGUGCUAGUAACUAUGAAACAGGGAAGAGAGUGAACACUUAGUGGGUGAUGUCCCCCUCAACCCAUUCCCUUCUCCUUCCACCCUUAAGAACAAUAUUUUUAAAAUCCACUUUACAAGUGCAACGUUCCUUAUUAUAUAAAACCUCUAAUCUUAUCAAAAACAGAAAAAAAAGGUUUGUCAACCAGCUAGUCUAGACAGCAGAUUCGGGUAAUGUGUUUAUUAGUUUGUGAAAGCGUUUUGUAAAUAAUGUUUUGGGACUUAAGCAAGUGAUUUGGAGAUAAACAAUGAAGUUCCCUGGCUUUGAGCAUUCAAUAGAGACUCUGCACUAGUCCUUAUUCCACUUUAACCCUGAGAUCCAUGCCAAUAAUGACCUAUGAGCUGUUUAAACGUCUACACAUGAGCCUGCUGUUCACCGAAGCCUACAGCAACCACUAGGUGGAUAUAUUGACUAUCAACUGAUCAUCUGACACUUGACGCUGCCUAUUAUUUUGCAUAUUCUUUUUCCACUUUUAUGUCUUAUAAUCGGUAGAACUGGGCUGGAGGGUGUAGAGUUGUCCUCAUGUUCUCCAACAAUUGUCCUGCACCUACUGUUUGGGGAGCACUGGUAACUAGAACGACGGGCUUCUCACUAAUUUCUAUUGCAUGUCCCUUAUCCACUAUAAUAGGGUUUAGAUCAAAGUAGUUUCUUUCCUCUAAGAAAAAAUUCCCUGCACAUUGGAUUUUCAAACGGGUUGAAUUAUUUUUAUGAUUUUCGUGAAGAUUAGUCUUCUCUAAAACUGUGAAAGGAUUAAUGAAUAGUAGUCAGGAAACCGCUAUAGGUUUAUUUACUUCAUAUUAUCACAUUUUUUAAUAUUGGAACUCAACAUUUAUCACGGUCUUCGUUUUUCAGGCAAACCUCCCCAAGGAGAUUUCAGAUUACUUGACGAAAAUGGGUGCCAGGAUACCAAACAUAAAACCCGGCAAGGCAACAAUUGAGCAUCUGAGAAAGGUCCAAGCUUCCACACGUUUCUGGGGUAUGCUCUUUCUUCAGAGAUUAGAAUAAAGCACAUGUUGGUCUAUCUAGUUGUAUAUAGUUUCCAUAUCUCCCAUUCCUUUGAAUAAGAGGAUUGCAAUUGUCUCCAUUCUCCCGUUUUUACUCCUGAUGUUGCAUCUCAAAAUUUUGUUAUCUUCUCUCUAAAAAUUUCAGGAGGACUGCUGCUGAGUAUUCUAGCCACUUCAUCUAUCUUGCUUGAUUAUCACUUGCGAAAAAUCAACCAAGGAUUUUCUGUGGGCUUUACAUCAGUACUGAUCAUUGUAAGUUCAAUAAGUUCAAGCUGUUUUUUAUUUUACUUGCCUAUACCACGUAAAUAAUGUUCAUGGUUCUACAUGUGUAAUGUUUGAGGUUUCAGAUUCGUGAUGAAGAGUCUUGGCCUCAUUAUAGCACGCAGUGAGAUUUCUUCUCGUCAUCUGUUUUUAGUCAUGGUGUCUGCUCAAGAAGUUGGGGAAAAUUAAGAGCCAGAGAUCUCCCUCUCCAAGCCUUCCUCCUUAAUUAUGUUACCAAAAACCUCUUUGUGGAGACCGAAGUUGCAGUUGCUUCUAUUGAAUCCUCGACUGGAUGAAAUAAUCAAUAUACUAAGUAGGAGAUAGGUGUUUAUUAGUACCUUAGGGGAAUACACCCCAGAUAUCAAAAGCCUAAUUUUUAUGAAUAAUUGCUAGAGGAUGGGUAUAAGAGCUCAGAGGCAUGCAGUUAUAUUUAGUUCGUGUGGGGAACCACUAUUGCUCUGCUAAUAUCAUCCCGCAGAGUGAAUUGACUUAUCCAAUUACAGAUUUCUCAAUCUCCAUAUUGACGGUCAAGUAGUAGCACAUAAGAAGUGUUUCCGUCAGCAACUGGAGUAUCUCUCUUCUUUGCUUUACUAAUCAUUCUCACUGUAGAUCAUUUUUCGCUGGAGUAAUCUCAUCAUCACAUCCAUAUUUGUGCGAUCGUAAUGGACUACUUUAUUACCAUUUCUCUGUUGAAGCAAAUGUCAGAAAACUGAUUUCUCUGUUUCCUCAGGUCGGUUCCAUUAUUGAGCUUAGAAGAUCAUAUCAGGCAUACAACGUAAUGCCCUCCUUAAACCAGAUUCUACGCAGAUAUGGUGUCUAG